AUGACUACUGCGGUGGCUGUCGGUACUCCUCUCGCGGAGGCCCUGGGCCAUGUUAUCCAGCCCAAGCUGGUCGAAAUGGGCUGGAGUUCCGAAGGGGGCGACGAUUCAGCCUUGACCGAAUAUGUGAUUCUGAUGCUGGUCAACGGGAAGACCCAGGAACAGAUCGCCGGAGAACUUUCCAAUGACUUGUUGGGACUUGGCGAAGGGGAUACACAGGCGCUGGACUUUUCGAGAUGGUUGUUUGAGCAGGUCGAUGUUUUGAGCAGGCAGAUCAACGGUGGGGGCGCGCCGUCGGGCGAUACUCAUGUUAUUCCGACUGUUGAGCAAGAGUCGGGUGCUCCUCAGCCUUGGGGUGAUGGUGGCGGGCAGAAUGUGGAGAUGGGAGAUGUGUCGAUGAAUGAUCAAAUUCCGACCGGGCCAAAGGCAAUGCGGAAUGGCCGAGGAGGACGGAGAGGAGGGAUGCUUAACCAAAUAAACAGAACGAUGGACCGUACCGCAGACUCGUCUUUACAUCGCAUUCGUGGCCAACCGGGCGCUGGGCGGAUAAACUCUCACCGUGACCAGAGGGGUAACCGUUUCCAGAAUGGCGGCCGGAUGCAUGGUGGACGGCAGAUGGGUGGAAUGGGCAUGCAGGGCAACCAGAUGGUGAACAUGAACUCGCAAGAUCAGAUGCACCUCAUGUCUUUACUGGAAGAACAGGCGAGGAUGAUGGCUCAGAUUAUGCCCGGAUUCAUGCCCCCCGCGAUCAACCCGGCUUUCCAGCAGAACGGUCCUCAGCAGGGACGCUCGUUGUUCGAUCGCGUUGAGCGUCAGGGGCCACGUCCCUUUGGAAACCAGGGACAGCAGCGAAACACCGGCGGCGGCGACGACAUGGAUAUGACCGAUCAGCCCAAGGAGGGAGAACAGCAUGACGAGAACAAUACCAACUCUCCUUGCCGCUUCAACCUGCGAUGCACUCGGCCAGACUGCCCCUAUGCGCACCAGUCCCCCGCGGCUCCGCAGGGUGCCCCGAUUGACCCGGCAGAUCACUGUACGUAUGGAGCAGCGUGCAAGAACCGGAAAUGCACUGCCCGUCAUCCUUCGCCCGCAGUCAAGUCUGCACACCAGGCAGAGGCGAUGUGCAAAUUCUUUCCCAACUGCGCAAACCCCAACUGCCACUUCAAGCACCCGUCUAUGCCUCUCUGCCGCAACGGCGCCGACUGCACAGCCGAAGGCUGUGAAUUUACGCAUCUCCAAACGGCGUGCAAGUUCAACCCUUGUCUUAACCCUACCUGCCCGUACAAGCAUGCCGAUGGCCAGCGAGGUUCAUUCGGCGACAAGGUCUGGUCGGCCGACGGUCAGGAGAAAUCCCAUGUCAGCGAGAGGAAAUUUGUUGCCGACGAGAAUGAAGAAGAGGAAGAACUGAUCAAGCCCGGUGCUGGCAACGAGGGUUCUUCUCAGGAGAUUGUGACGUGA